AUGGAGAACGGGACGUACAGCGACGUGGAGGCGCUGUGGGAGAUGCAGUGUACACGGUACGAGUUGUUCGUCGCACCAUCUCCCCGGGCCAAGCUGACCCCGUACCUCCGGCAGUGCAAAGUCCUGGACGAGCAGGACGAGGACGAGAUCCUGAACUCCAUGCUGCUGGUCUCCAAAGCAAACCGCACAAGCCGUCUCCUCGACAUCCUGCACAAUAAAGGAGAGCGGGGCUAUGUGGCCUUUCUGGAAAGUCUCGAGUUUUACUACCCUGAAAUGUACAAGCUGGUCACGGGGAAGGAACCCACGCGGCGCUUCUCCACCAUCGUAGUCGAGGAGGGUCAAGAGGGUCUGACCCAGUUCCUGAUGGAAGAAGUGAUGAAGCUGCAGCAGCAAUCCAAAGUGAAGACCCUGCAGCAGGCUGAGCUCAGCAGGAAGAACUGCACCCUGGAGGACGAGCAGAAGAAGCUCCGGCUGACCAAUCAGGAGCUCCAGGCCGUCCAACUGAGGAACAAUAAGUUGAGAGAGGAAAGAAACAGCUACAGUGACGAGCUACUGAGAGUGAAGGAUGAAAACUACAAACUGGCCAUGAGGUACGCCACGCUGAGCGAGGAGAAGAACAUGGCGGUGAUGAGGAGCCGCGACCUGCAGCUAGUGGUUGAUCAGUUGAAGCACAGGCUGAACAAGGUGGAGGAAGAGUGUAAAAUGGAGAGGAGGCAGAGUCUCAAGCUGAAGAACGACAUCGAGAACCGGCCGAAGAGAGAACAGAUCUUUGAGCUGGAGAGAGAAAACGAAAUGCUCAAGAUCAAACUACAGGAGCUGCAGUCCAUCAUACAGCCGAUGCCGCUCCCUGCAUCAGACAAGGCCAUCCUUGACAUUUUGGAGCACGACAGACAGGAAGCACUGGAGGACAGACAGGAUCUGGUCAACCGCCUCUACAACCUGCAUGAAGAAGUGAGACAGGCAGAGGAACUACGAGAUAAGUACCUGGAGGAGAAGGAGGAUCUGGAGCUGAAGUCGUCCACGCUGCAGAAGGAUUGUGAGAUGUAUCGCAACCGUAUGGACACCAUCACUGUGCAGCUGGACGAGGUGGAGAAGGAGAGGGACCAGGCGUUUCGAGCCAGAGACGAGGCCCAGCACCAUUUCUCCCAGAGUCUCAUCGACAAGGACAAAUAUCGUAAACAGAUCAGAGAGCUGGAGGAGAGGAGCGACGAACUCCAGAUCGAGAUCGUACGCAAAGAAGCCCGUCUGAUCACUCUGGAGUCUCGCCUACGACGGCUGGCCAAGGACAUCGUUUUGGACCAGAGUCUGCCGAGGGACAUGCCUCCGACCAUUAUUUCUCAGGCGGGGGAUUAUAAACCCAGCCAAUCAGAGUGGUCGAGCGAUGAAUCCCAUGAGGGGAAGUUUCCAUCGGAGGAGCCUCGCCUGAAACGCAGACCCAACCUAAAAGCAAACAGAGUAAAGUCUCCAGUCUGUUUUCCCAGAGAAGUCAACUAUGAGGCCUCUCAAUCUGCAGCCAACGGAGGAGAUUUACUGGAUAUCCAGAUGCGAAACUAUAAUUCCAACAGCGUGUCCCUCCCUGGGUCCCCCUCGUAUCCUCCCUUCUCAGCCACCUCCCUCUCCUGCUCCCCUUCCCCCUAUCCUCUCACCUUGAGUAUGGACCAUUUCAACAGACCAAACAUGCUGCGUUACCGUAACCAGAGCAUCCAGUCCACGCUGCCUGAGCCUCCGGAGAAAGCAUCGCUCUAUCGCCGAGAGAGGGAGAAGGAAAACGACUUCAACCCCCGCAGCCUCUCGGACUUUGAUAGUGACACCAUGGAGUUUGAGGACGAAGCACCUUCUGUCCACUCGUCUUCCUCGUCCCAUCAGUCAGAAGGGAUGGACUCGUACGACCUGGAGCAGGUCAACAACAUCUUCAGGAAACUCUCUCUGGAGCGGCCGUUUCGUCCGUCUCUCUCUUCCUUCUCGAGGAUCAGUGGCUCUCUGAAGCCGGUGCAGGAGUUAUCUCUGCCCGGCGACAACCUGCUGAAGGACAUCACUUUGGUCGGUGGAAACGACAGCGGGAUAUUCAUCUCACAUGUCCAGUCGGACUCCAUCGCGGAGAAGGCGGGGCUCCGGGAGGGCCACCACAUCCUGAUGCUUGAGGGAUGCAUACGUGAGGAGAACCAAAGCAUUUCAUUGGACACCAGUACUCAGGAAGAAGCUCAUUGGACGCUGCAGCACUGCUCCGGACCCGUCAAGCUGCACUAUCGAGCCAACUUUGACUCCUACCGUCGCCUUCAGAGUAACCUGGCUGAAGGCCCGAUGGUUUCCGGCGACUCGUUCUACAUCCGGGUCAACCUCAGCAUCUCGGGCCAGGCGGACAACUGCUCUCUGAGCAUGCGCUGUGACGAGGUGGUGCACGUGCUGGACACCCGGCACCUGGGCCGCUGCGAGUGGCUGUGCGCUCAGGUCGACCCGUACAGCGGCCUGGACCUGGCCGAGCGGGGAACCAUACCCAGCAACUCACGGGCCCAGCAGCUGCUUCUGGUAAAGAUCCAGAAGCUGGUGUGUCGAGGGGGAAAGGAAGAGAAUGAAAUCCAGCGCAACAGUAAGCCAGAAGAAGUGAGCCCGUCGUCUGAUCCUAAAGCCAUUCCACGAGUUUCUAGAGCCAGCAUCUUCCUCACACAGAUACUACAGUUUGUGAGCAGGGUGGAUAUCAAGUAUAAGCGAAUGAACAGCAGUGAGAGAGUGAGGAUCAUCAACUGCUCAGGCAGCUCAACGGUACCCAGACAGGGUUAUGAAGCGCUGAGACCAGAAGACGCUGCGGACCCGGACAGCGAGCUGAGCCGGGGUCUGAACCUGAUCCCCUACAGCACCGUCACCCCCCAGCGGACCCAGAGGAGGAGGCCCGUCCUCUUCACUCCCACCGCUCUGGCACAAACCAUCAUCCAGAAAAUACUCAACAGUGGGGGAGCCAUGGACUAUCAUACCUGCAAACCAGACACCCUGUCCAAAGAAGAGUUUCAUCUGAAACAGAACGUGGAGCCCUUCAUUCACUACAAAGAGAAACAAGCCACGUUUGAAUGCAUCACCCGAGAAAACAUAGAGGCUGUCGCAUCUAAGGGGAAACACUGCCUGCUGGAGGCGGAGCUGAGCUGCGUCAAAGAUCUCCUGCGUAGAGAAAUCUACCCGAUCAUCAUCUACGUCAAGAUCUGUGAUAAAAAUGUCAAGAAGUUACGGAAGUUGCCUCUGCGCGUGGAGUCGGAGGACGGGUUCGUGAAGUCGUGUCGGGCCAAAGUGAAGGAACUGGAGGGCGUCCCGUGUCUGUACGGCAGCGUGGAGCCGGAGGCCUGGGCGGGACCCGACGACCUCAUCAGGGUCAUCAAGGAGCGCAUCCUGGAGGAGCAGAAGAAGACCGUGUGGGUGGAGCAGGACCUGCUGUAGACACACACACACAAAACACACAGAAAUACACAAAAUAACACACACACAGAUACACAACAACUGUCUGUACACGACAAUAGACAUGUGUAGCUGAGCCCUAUGGAAGCCCAUAGGGGACUUUAUUCAAAUGAUGCUUUUAGACUGUUUUAGACUGUUUGUCUGACUGUUGUUUGUUUUACUCUUGUUUUUCUGUUAAGUGAACUUGGGUCCCCUGAAAGGCGUUAAGUUAUUAUUAUUAUAAUUUUUAUUAAACCUGAAAAAUUAAAUCACUUUUUUUUUUUAUUGGAUUUUCUUUUUUUAUGUAAUUUGAAAAUAAUUCGUUAGGUUUAAAAGAAAAGAAGAUAUUUUAAAUUGUUUCUUUCCAUUUUAGUUUAAAUACAGCCACGAAACACCUAUAUGACUUGGUGAAAAUGAAAAUGCAAAUUGGAUUUUCAUUUUCCUAAUGACUAAAAUAACCACCAUAUAAUGCUUUUUUAGAAUUUAUAUAUUUAUUUAUAGAAUUUCAUUUUCCUUUUUCAAGUUUCUUUUUCAGUUUGAAUAAAGUCCUCUAUGAGCUUCUAUAUAGAACCAUAAAAACUCCCUUGUACAUCGUGCUUUUAUACAUACAUAUUUAUGCUCAGAAACGCACGUGUGGACACUCGCAGUGCAGUAGACUUCAAAUAAAUGCAUUAUAUAUUUUGUAAAUGUGUGUCUUUACCUUGAUUUAGAAUAAAUAAAUAAAAGGAAAACA